AGAAGAAAUAUUAGAGAGAGAAAGAAAAACAAAAAACCAAAAAAAAAACAAAGCUGGCUGUUUCUUUUCCGUCUUCUCUUCUGUAAAACCUCUUUGGUUUUCUCUCUCUAAAGAAACAGGUUUUUCUCUCUCUAACAUUCACAUUCAUUCUUUGCUUCACCCUUUUAAAAUCACGAGAUCCCCAUCUAUUUCUCUCUUUCCCCUCUCCCUUCUCCCUUUCCCAUUCCCCCCACUCUCUUUCUCUUCAUGUCUUCUUCAAAAACCUUCUUCAUUUCCUUCUCUGACCAUCACCAUUGUUGCUGCUUUUCUCUUACUUCACAUUGUUGAUAUUGCCGCUCGGGGGGAUUUGGAAAAGGGUUUUUGUACGCGCAGACUUUUUUUGAUAUAUAUAUAUAUAUAGAGAGAGGGACAGAGAGAAGAGCGGGGAGUUGGAGGCGGUGUGUGUGUGAGUGAGAUGUCGUCGCAGUCGGGGAAAACUAAGCCGGAAUUAGGGUUGUCUUCGCUGUCGGAUCGGUUGAGAAACACCUUAACCUACGACGAGGUGGAUGGCGGCGUUAACGUUAACAAGCCGGACUUUAGGGAACUUGAUCUGGGUUCGCCUGUUUCGCCACUCCGACCUCGAACUGGUGGUGGACUCACUGCCACCACAACCACCACUACUACCACGAGUAGUAGUUCCAGUUCAUCAGGAUCGGUUUCGGGUCGGACUUCGGGAGGACACAACUCGAAUCUACCCCGAAAGUCCGAUUCCAAUCCCAGCAGCCAUUCGGGUGAACUUUCGGCCGAGAGUUCCCCUUCUGCGCCUCGGAACUUGAAGUCGGUUCAUACCCGUUCCGAUUCCGCUGGGUCCCACCCGCUAAUUUACUCCGGUUCGGGGUCCGUCACAUCCCCGGCCGUGAAUGUGCUUCCCACCGGCAACAUUUGCCCCUCGGGCCGAAUUUUGAAAACUGGCAUGGCUAGUCGGUCAACGAAAACCGAUGUCUUGGGGUCUGGUUCAGUGAAUUAUGGCCAUGGUAGCAUAAUGCGAGGCGGUCUUGCAUCUAAACCCGCCCUGGAUAAUGGGCCCGUUAAUUCCACUAGAGGACUAAUGGUUGGCGGGGAGCCGGGGAAGAGAACGGGAGUGAGUAGCAGCAGUGAUCCGGAGGAAUUAAAGAAAAUGGGGAAUGAUAAUUAUAGGAAGGGUCAUUUUGCGGAGGCUUUGAGCCUUUACGAUAAAGCAAUUGCAAUAUCUCCAGGAAAUGCUGCAUACCAUUUCAACCGGGCCGCGGCUUUGAUGGGGCUGAGGCGCUUGGUAGAGGCAGCGAGGGAAUGUGAGGAGGCCAUUAGGUUGGAUCCGGGUUAUGUGAGGGCACACCAUCGUUUAGGAUCGUUGCUUCUUAGUUUAGGACAGACUGAGAAUGCCAGGAAGCACAUUUGUUUUCCCGGGCAUCAACCAGAUCCCUUAGAGGUGCAGAAGUUGCAGUCCGUUGAGAAGCAUCUGUGCAAGUGCACUGACGCCCGGAGAGUCGGUGAUUGGAGAAGUACAUUGAGGGAAGUCGAUGCCGCCAUUGCUUCUGGAGCUGAUGCUUCACCUCAGCUUUACUCAUGUAGGGCAGAAGCUCUCUUGAAGCUCUAUCAGCUAGAUGAUGCCAUUUCAGCUCUGUCAAAUAUCCCUAAAUAUGCUUCAGCAACCAGUUCUCAUUCCCAGUCGAAGAUAUUUGGGAUGCUUUUUGAGGCUUAUCCGUAUUUCGUCAGAACCCAAAUUGAGUUGGCCUGGGGAAGGUUUGAUAGUGCGCUUACAGCCAUUGAGAAAGCUGGAGUGGUAGACCCUCGUAAUGUUGAAAUUUCUAUUCUACUUAACAACGUGAGGUUGGUGGGCCGAGCUCGUGCUCGUGGAAAUGAUCUCUUCAAGUCGGAAAGGUUCACGGAAGCCUGCUCGGCUUAUGGGGAAGGUCUCAAACUUGAUCCCUCGAACUCUGUUCUCUACUGCAAUAGAGCAGCAUGUUGGUUUAAACUUGGUCAGUGGCAACGGUCAGUGGACGAUUGCAAUCAAGCUCUCCGUAUCCAGCCCAAUUACACCAAAGCUCUACUUCGAAGGGCUGCCUCAAACAGCAAGCUGGAGCGAUGGAACGAAGCUGUCAGAGAUUAUGAGGCUUUAAGAAGGGAACUCCCUGAUGAUAAUGAGGUUGCUGAGUCUCUAUUUCAUGCACAAGUUGCAUUGAGGAAAUCACGCGGAGAAGAGGUAAACAACAUGAAAUUUGGCGGGGAAGUGGAGUCCGUUUCAGGUCUUGAGCAAUUCCGAGCUGCAGUAUCUUCGCCCGGUGCAUCCGUGGUCCAUUUCAAAACGGGUUCCAGCAUAGAAUGUGAACAGAUAUCUCCAUUCUUGGACACAUUAUGCACUCGAUAUCCCUCUAUUAACUUUCUCAAGGUGGAUAUUGAAGAGAGCGCUGCAAUCGCUCAUGCUGAGAACGUGAGAAUAGUUCCGACUUUCAAGAUAUACAGGAAAGGUGCCCGAGUGAAGGAAAUGAUCUGCCCGAGUCCAGAGGUUUUGGAGUCGUCGGUGAGGCAUUACAGUAUUUAGAUCAUCGACCUCUGAUACUCCCAUGCCUUGGUUUUAUGCUCUUCCUCCUGCAUCCAACCAUAUGACGGUUACUAGUUACCUGUGACAUAAUUAGAGUUUUUUUUAUGCGAUAAAUCUCAAGACAAAGACAAGACAAGACAAGACAAGACGGGAGCCGUAUCUGGGAGUGGAAUCAUAGACAUAGAAUAGUUCCCUUUGCUCUUUUGUUCAAUUCAUUCAUUCAUCUGAUUCCGUCUUCAGCCCGUUUCUCUUUUCUCAUUCAUGACCUUUUUAUCUUACAACCGCUUUCGGUUAGGACAGCAGCCUCUUCCUAGUAUAUGUUCAUUGGAGAAAAGAGUAGUGAGGAAUAUGUGAAGUUAUUUGCAUUGGUUCUUUAGUUGAAACUUAGUGAGAGAGAGAGAGAGAGAGAGAGAGAGAGGUGGAUUGUUUGGCUGGAUGGGUUUUAGAUGAGGAUGUGUACAUGUAUAUAUGUGAUAAUAUAUACACAACAUUGGAGGCCCAUUGUAGGAAAAAUAAGAAAAAAAAGAAAAAAACAGAAAAAUGAAAGUGUGGUGGUGGUGGGUAAGUAGUAUUGGGUUAGUGAAAGAAGGAUGAAUAUGAAGAAAAUGAUGAUGAUAUCAUUGAUAUUGAAGUUCCUUUCUCCCCCAAU